AUGUCAUCCAUUCCUUCCGACUCUCCUUGCUUGAAUAACAAGAAUAAAACAACAGAUUUUGCCAUUGUUUUUGACAUUGAUGGUGUAUUGAUUCAUGAUGGAACGGUCAUUGAAGGUGCUUCAGAAAUUUUGAAAUCUCUCUACGCUCAUCAUAUUCCAUUUGUAUUGCUCACGAAUGGUGGUGGUGAAAGUGAAGAAUCUAGAGCUCAAAGACUUUCUAAAUUAUUUGGAGUUGAAAUUGAUGCAUCUAGAAUUAUUCUUUCACAUACUCCUUUAAAUAGAAAAUCUGGAAAAGGAAUGUUUAACAAUGAAUAUCAUCAAAAGAUUUUACAUGUUGGUAGAAAUGAUGAGGAAAUUGAUAGAAUUUUAAACAAUUACGGAUACACGAACAGGAUAUCUUUAACACAAUUUGCUGACCAAUAUCCUUUUUUAUUACCAUAUUCUCGGAAAGAUCACGAAAAUUAUUAUAAAUUUUCACAUGAAGAACAAUUAGAAAUGUCAGCAAUGCAUGAACCUAUUGAUACCAUCAUUUUAGUAGAUACACCAGUGGAUUGGUUAGAAACUUUACAAAUUUGUUGUGAUUUGGUUCUUUCUGAUGGUCAUAUUGGACAUUUAUUGGAUUAUUCAAAAGUAGAAACGGAACAAAAAGUGAAAGUCAAAGUUUGCAAUCCAGAUUUAGUGUAUCAAGGUGUUGCUUGCAGACCUAGGUUUACAAUGGGAGCGUUUAUUGAGUCUUUAGAUGCACUGUUUUAUAACAUGAAUGGAAAACAUCAACAUUUGAAAUGUGAAUAUUAUGGAAAACCAUGUAAGGUGACAUAUGACUAUGCAAAAAAUGUUCUCAUCGAGCAGUUAAAAUCUUAUCAUGAGGGUCAUGAAGACAGAAAUUCCGUAGACGAUCUCAUAAUUUAUGCCAUUGGAGACAAUCCAUUAAGUGACAUCAAAGGAGCAAAUUCUGCUGGUCCUAAUUUUGUGUCCAUGUUGUUGAGGACUGGUGUUUGGCAGUCUAAACAGGCGAAUGAUGAUCACAAUCCAGCAAAACACGUGUUUCCAUCAGUGAGAGAGGCAUUCCAAUUUAUAUGUGAAAAACAUAAUUUAUAA